GGAUGGCAUUCUUCAAAUAUCUUCGCUCUGUUAAGAAUGAGCUUAUCCUCUUCUCAGCUCCAUUUCUUCUGCUUCCACUGCCUUUAGUGAUCGGGACAUCGGAAGCAGAAUGUGCCUAUGUGAUAGUCCUGAUGGCGGUUUACUGGUGCACAGAGGUCCUACCACUGGCUGUAACAGCUCUGCUCCCAGCCCUCCUUUUCCCCUUGUUUGGCAUCAUGCAAUCCAAAGACGUAAGUAAAAUAACUACACCAGUGUGUAAACUUUUGCUCAGCAAGGACACAUUUCUGCUCACACGUAUCUUACUCUGUGUGACCCUGCUGUCUCAGGUGUGUAUGCAGUACCUGAAGGACACAAACCUGUUGUUUGUGGGGGGAUUGAUGGUUGCAGUAGCCGUGGAGCAUUGGAAUCUACACAAGCGCAUCGCCUUGAGGGUGCUGCUCUUUGUUGGUGUGCGUCCAGCGCUUUUGAUGUUGGGUUUCAUGGGUGUGACAGCCUUCUUGUCCAUGUGGAUCAGUAACACAGCAACCACAGCCAUGAUGGUGCCUAUUGUCCAAGCAGUGCUGGAGCAGCUCAGCAACAAUGAGGCAGAGAUACCUCAGAUCAUCAGCUCAGAGGAGCAGGUCCAGACAUCAGAGACUGACAGCAAACAGCCUCCACAGACAGAGAAGCAGAGCGAGGGGCAAGGCUCAGUGGUGGUGACUUUCUUAGAUGCCGCAGUGGAGGCUGCGAGGCUAAAGGAGGCGGCAGAAAAGCGGAAAAUGUGUAAAGGGAUGACCCUGUGUGUUUGUUACGCUGCCAGCAUCGGAGGCACAGCCACACUGACAGGAACAGGUCCCAAUCUGGUGCUCAAGGGCCAGAUGAAUCAACUCUUUCCUCAAAACGGAGAUGUGAUUAACUUUGCUUCCUGGUUUGGCUUUGCCUUUCCCAACAUGAUCCUCAUGCUCACUCUGGCCUGGCUUUGGCUUCAGUUUGUCUUCAUGGGAUUCAACUUUAAAAAGACAUGGGGCUGUGGAGCUGUGAAAACAGAGAAGGACAUUGCUGCCUAUAAUGUGAUCCGUGAGCAGCAUCGUCUCCUGGGGCCCAUGUCCUUUGGAGAGAUAAGUGUCCUGGGUCUCUUUAUUCUGCUGGUGGUGUUGUGGUUCACAAGGGAACCAGGCUUUGUCGAUGGCUGGGCGACAGAAAUCUUCAACUCCAAAGCAGAGUAUGUGACAGAUGCCACGGUGGCUAUCUUCAUUGCAAUCCUUCUCUUUGUUCUGCCCUCUAAACCACCACGUUUCUGUUCAUGGAAGACACAGAGUUUUGACACAGCACCCCAUCAAGCUGCUGGCCCAACUCCACCUCUGCUCACCUGGAAAGUUGCCCAAAAGAAGUUACCAUGGGGCAUCGUGCUUCUUCUUGGAGGAGGUUUUGCUCUAGCCAAGGGCAGUGAAGAAUCAGGACUCUCAAAGUGGAUGGGAGAUCAAAUGACUCCUCUGCAAAACAUCCCUCCCUGGGCAAUUGCUAUCAUCUUAUGCCUGCUGAUUGCUACCUUCACAGAGUGCACCAGUAAUGUGGCCACUGCGACGCUCUUCCUACCUGUCUUAGCCUCAAUGUCUCAGUCCAUUGGAAUGAAUCCACUGUACGUCAUGGUGCCUUGUACUCUGAGUGCCUCUUUUGCCUUCAUGCUGCCUGUUGCUACGCCUCCAAACGCUAUCGUCUUCUCUUAUGGAUAUCUCAAGGUUGCUGACAUGGCCAGGACAGGAAUCGUCAUGAACAUCAUUGGCAUCCUUUGUAUUACACUGGCAAUCAACAGCUGGGGUAAAGCCAUGUUUGAACUAGACUCCUUCCCCACCUGGGCCAACGUCACCGGGGUGUGAGCCUUCUGCCAUAGGAGAUGUUCCACGCACACCCUGCCCUCCCUAUCCACAGGUGCCAGACAAAGACCACCAGUCAGAGCGACAGCACAGGACCACAUGGUGGGCCGAAUGCGUCCGACUGAUGCUCGAAUACAAGCCUCUCAAGGCUUGUUUUCAUUGACACCUGAGUCUUGCUUGUGAAAGAAAGAGGUGGUAAAAUGAUUAGGAAUGGAAGAAGAGUGGUUGAGAAUGAGAAUGAAAUUAAAAUCUUUUUCUAUUUACAUUGUAUCAUAAUUAAGUUACACUUCAAUGUAUUUAUUUCCUCAAAUAGAGUUCAAUACUCCUAAGCAGCCAAUUCUAGAAACACUAUUCAAGUCCAUUCUUUUUUAUCAAAGGAAAUCAUAGGAAGGGCUAUGCAUACGUUCUAAGUUAUUAGAAAUGUUCUACGUAGUCACAUGUAGCCUUAAUAGCAAUAAGCCAUAUGGUUUAAUGUAAGCACAUAACUUGUCAUUCUGUACUUACAGUACACUUUUUAAGGUACUUGUACUUCACUUAAAUAUUUACAUUUCAUGCCACUUAUAUAUGGGAAAUAUUGUUCUUUUUAUUACAUUUAUUUAACAGCUGUAGUUUCUAGUUACUUGAUUAAUCUAUGAUUAUAGGUUAAACUACCCAGCUGCAAAAACAUUAAAAGUCUGUAAAUAACAUUGCACAUAAUGUAACACUGAUGAGGGCAGUUCAGCUGCCUAAUGAGUGCUUUUACUAUGCAUACAUUUUUUUGUCACUUAAGUAAAAUAUUGAAUGCAAGACUUGAGAUCAACUAUUUUUGCAUUGUGGUGUUGCUACUUCAAUUUUAAGUAAAACUCUAAAUACGUCUUCCACUGCCGCUAUCGAGUACUGUAUGUUUUCUAAGCACAUCAGGUGCACCUAGAUUAGGAAAGGUUGUGGGUUAGGUUUGCCAUUUUGGUUUUUAUAGAUUCUGGGCUAAUAUGCACAGCAAAGCAGAGACUUGACACAAGUAAACAUGUACUUUUGCCCCCUUGCAUGGAUGUACCUCUGCAAUGACCAACAUUUCAGGGCUCAUGGUUUAUUACUGUUUCAACAUCAGUUGAACUUUGAAAUGCAUUGUCACUACAAAGCAAGAAACCUAUAUGUGCCUUCUGCAGACUUGUACUGAUUUAUUGUACACUUUAACACAUUUUCAAUAUUUUGACACUGACAUUUGACAUUGUGACAUUAUCUCACUGCAAUAAUAAAUUAUGUCUUAAUUGUAAUAAAGUGGUAUUUAAGAAACAGUGUAUUUUUUAUUUUCAAUUCCAAUACUGUUGUACCUGUGAAAUUCUC